AUGGCAGCGUCAGCAUUGCUCAAACGCAUCGAGCUGCCACGUGGAUCCCGGUGGAUUAACGAGGAUGUCCGACCUGUCGGGUCGGAGAGACGCACCUGGACGUUUCUGACGUUCCACAACUUCUGGCUGCUAAUCAACUGCAACAUCGCCACAUACCUUACUGGAAGCGCUCUUAUUCCUCUGGGCCUUACCUGGUGGCAGGCUAUUAUUGCCAUCAUCAUUGGCAACAUCAUUGCUACUGUUGCCCUCAUCCUCAGCUCCCUUGCUGGAGCCUACUACCAUAUUGGUUUUCCCGUCUUUAGUCGGGCUGUUUGGGGCACUUGGGGUUCCCAAUUCGUCAUCUGGAACCGUAUCUUUCUUGCAUUUGGUGAGUAUGGCUUCCAAUCAUGGGUCGGAGGUGAAUGCACCUACUUGAUGCUUCUCUCGUGGGACCCCAACCUCGAGAAGCACAUCCCAAACAAGAUCCCCGCAGACACGGGCAUGACAUCCGCCCAGUUUCUGUCGUACUUUGUCUUUUGCAUCAUCAGUCUUCCGUUUCUCUGGAUUCGACCUCACCGGAUUGAAAAGUUCUUUUACUUUGCCAGCACGGUGACGCUGAUCUUCUUCCUCGUCCUGCUCAUCUGGGCUUUGGCUACGAUGGGACCAGACGGGUUUGGCGACACUCUCAAGUCGGGUACAGACAUUCCGUUGACUGGAAGCCCUAAUAGCACCGUUUGGCUCAUGAUUUCCGGCAUCAUGUCAACGGUUGGUUCCAUUGCAGCUGGAAUCCUCAACCAAAACGACUAUGCUCGACUUUCCCGCCGACCAAGCGAUGCUAUCUGGGGACAAGCCUUUGCAUUCCCCUUCUACAGCAUCAUUGCUUCUGUCAUUGGAAUUCUUGUCACGGCUGCCACUCAGAAACGUAUGGGCGAAGCCAUCUGGAACCCGCCCACUCUUUUUGUUGGCCUGCUCGCAAAGGACAAUAAUGCUGGAACCCGUGCAGCCGUCUUUUUCGCUGGACUCGCGUUGGCCAUCUCUCAGCUUGGCAGUAACCUCCCCGGAAACGCACUGUCUGGGGGCAUGGACUUGGCUUCAACUUUCCCCAAGUACAUCAACAUUCGACGAGGAGCUUACAUCGUUGCCCUCCUCAGCCCAGUCGUCAACCCUUGGCGUCUUGUCAACACGGCCACGACUUUCCUGACAGUACUGUCUGGAUAUGGCGUGUUCCUUGCUCCAAUGACUGGAUUGAUGGUGGCACACUAUAUCGUAGUGGCCAAGAUGAAGGUCAAUGUGGAUGACCUGUACACUGGGGACAGUAACAGCAUCUACUGGUACUACAAGGGCCUGAACUGGCGCGCUCCGAUCGCGUGGGUCGUUGGUGUUGCACCUCUUCUUCCUGGCUUCAUCGCAGCCGUCAACCUGUCCAUCUCCAUCUCCGAUGGUGCCAUUGAGCUGUACUAUCUCAACUACAUGUAUGGCUUCAUGGCAAGCGCAUUUGUAUAUGCCUUGCUUCAUCGCCUGGUCCCAGAUACAAAGCUUGAUGCUUUCGUUCAAGAAAGCCCAUCAGCGAAGGAAGUACAGGAGCUGUAUCAUGGUCGCUGGGACAUUACUUACGCCGAGGCUGGGACUCAGAUUGAGGACUCCUCUCCUUCGGCUGAUCCUCGCAAGGGAGCGGCAUCAACAUCCUCCCUCCCCUCCUCGUCAACAUCCAGCCCAGCCGCCUCGCGUGGGGACCGGACCGGCGGACCAGGAUGGAGAAUCUCACGGGUACCGACGCGCCGGAUCGCGGAGCGGGAGCGGGAACCCUCGCACCCCCCCGCAAAUUCACCAUCCGCAGCAAGUUUGGCCAGGCCCGUAAGCCUCGGAGCCGUAAGAACAGGCCGUGUGACGCUGUGUCAAUCGCUCUCAGAUCCAGACGCGCUAUUAGCAUCCCGAGCAAACACCCAGAGCGUUGCACCAUCGAGCUCCAGCCCACAGUCACCGUCAAUCUCUGCCAUCUCACCGUCAGCCUCUGAAAGCAACCCCCAACGAGCCGAGUCGGCUGCCGUCGUCCAUGACGGCCUCGUCCGCCAAUCAGGACCAGGACCUGUCGGCCAAGAAUCUGUGGCGUCGGCUGGCGUCGAUUCGCCGAUGCAGGACCCAGCAGACGAAAUUGUCCACUCGCUCGAGGAUGAACCCGACAAGACGACGCAUGCCAUGGGAUUGGCCGCCGAGCAGGACCCCUACUUCCUCGACGCCUUCAGAUCCCUCCUCCUGAGUGAGCGGGAGGGCAUUGACGCCAGCUUCCUCCAGGUCUAUCCCGGCGGACAAGACCCAGAUGACCACCCCAUUCACUUCCUUUUGCUGCAAGAUGAGUUCCCCGCACACAAGAACCAGGCUAAGCAAGCCGCAUCCGAUGCCAUCGAGACCUUUGUCUGGCCCCACGGCCCAGCUCUGGUCCGGCUGUAUUUCCGACAUGUCCACUCCGCGUUUCCCGUCAUCUCCAAGGGUCGCUUCCUACGCCAAUAUCUGACUGCCAAGCUCGAUAUCCCCUCGUCGCUGCGGGGCGCCGUUUACGCGUUGGCCUGUGUCUUUUGGCGAAAGGACCCAUCCCUUGAAGGCCCUUGUCCAUUCCAGCAACAUGACCUCACCAACCAUGCACAAGAGUCACUUAGGCGAGAGUUGGAGUCGCCGAACCUCUGGAGGUUGCAGGCUGCCCUGCUGCUAAUGCACAUGGUUCCUCCCGACAUCGAUAGCGUUGAAACUCCCUAUACCUGGAUCAUGGCGUCGCAAGCCACAGCGGCCGCUCAGAUGAUUGGCCUUCACAAAGACCCUACCAAAUGGAACAUUGCUCCAUGGGAAAAGAAGCUGCGGAGGAAGCUCUGGUGGGCCACCUACUUUACUGACUGCUGGUCAGCCGUUUGCCAUGGGAACCCUCCACACAUUGCUGCUGACACAUUCACCACGUCACCUCCAGACCUGGAGGAUCUCCGGUCUGAUGAAGACCUUCCCCUGGACUUGCAUCACAUGGUCGAUCCUUGCAACACAUCCUUCCGCGUGCCUGACGGUGUUCGCUUCCUUGAGAUGAUCAAUAUUGCUCGAGACACGCGCGUCAUCCUUGAUUGUAGUUGUGGCGUCAAAGCAACUGUGCAGACGCGCACUCAACUCAUUCCUAUACGAGACAAGCUAAGGGAAUGGCCAAGCCUUGUCCCGAACUGCUUGGCCGUUGGGCCCAAUACUUCCAACGGCCCGCUUCACCUAUCGUACUACGCCACCCAUGUGCUCUUGUUUCGUGGGCUCAUGUACCCAGCCACGAAAGCGGCGAAAGCGAACCCCGGUUCAAAUCUCCGCAGAUGGUUGUCAACGGCAUUAGCAGAGUUCGACAACUUUACUACUUUCAUGGCGUAUAUCACGGAGAAUGAGCUAACAAGCUUCUGGGGUCGUCCGACGGAGCCGCGGGAUGUUGAGGCGGCAUAUCGACUACUCGAAAAAUUCCACCUGUCAUUACAGCGUCUGGGGGCUACGGAAGACAUUGCGGCCAAGGUGCUUCUCCGGCCCGUCAUAUUGCGCAUCGAGUCGUUCUUUAUACAAGCCACAGAACUCAUCAAGACUGGCCGGACUGUAGAAUCACCGGUGUUGUACAAGGAAAAGAUGAAUGUAGAAGUGGUACAGGCUACCAGUUCGAGGGCGUCCCAUAUCAAGGACAUCAUCAGUCCGUAG